GGACUUCGACUUCCACAUCUCACAUGCUGAAACAGAAUUAGGAUCUUGAGGACCAAGAGGGGCAUUUUACACAGAGCGCAACAUAUCCAGAUUGGGCAGAAGAUGGCAAAGGGCUUGGUUGGACUCUGGACCAAUGGAGAUUGCACAGAAAUGGACAUUGCGGAGCCAGAGAAGGGACGUCUGACCGGCUCGUAUACGAUAGCAGUGGGCACACCGAGGGAAGCUUCCGUGCCCCUGAGUGGACUUGUGAAUCACACCAAGGCAGACAGUCCAAGUUUCAGCCUCUGUGUGUCCAUGGGAGAGAUCGGAGGAGAUUCGUGUAAUGCAGUUGUUGGACAAUAUUUCAACCACAAUGGGGAAGAAGCUCUCAAAACAAUAUGGCUGAUGCGUUCAGGUGUGGACGGCCACAAAGACAACUGGGGGGCCACAAGGGUUGGCGAGAACACCUUCAAGAGAAAAACAGCAUGAAAAGAAUGGCAGAGAGGAGUCCCUUUCCUGUUCAUAGUGUUCAUAUUAAUCUAUCACAGCAAUUGUUGUCAUUUCCUUAACACAAGUGUAAUUGCUCCAAACAUUUAUUCCGUUGCUGUUGUUCACAAUAAAGUUAUCGUGAUUGUUAUCCA